GAGGCUCUGCGGCGUCGAGUGACAUGGAAGGCGCAGACAAUAAACACGUUCGGCGAAUCGGCACGGCGCCGUGCUGUCGGUCCUUGGCGUGGCAGCGCCUAAUCCGGCUAGGGCCGGCAAUUGCAGCCAAAUGGAGACGGAUCUCGAUCUGUCGUUUCAACGUCAACAGCGACUAAAAAUGGGCACAAUGACAACCGAGCCCAUAUAAGGACGCCUGUCGACGCGUCUCCAACUUGAACCACCCGCCCACCUCUCCCGCCACCGCCGCCAACGACGACGCCGCCCACCAUGUACCCGACGCGCCCAGACUCGCCCCCGCCCCGCGCGCCCUCUCCCGAGGUUGACUUCACGCCGUUGCCCGUCCGCUCCCGCCACACUUCCUCGACGUCGUCCGCAGCCGCCGCGCGCGCACGCAACCAUCUCUCGCCUCCCCGCACUCUGCGCUCCGUGCGCUCAGUAGAAGCCUUCCACACGCGCACGAAGAGGACCUUCCCAGCUCACGACGCCCAGCCGCGGAAGAUCAAGUCACACGGGACGCUCCACGAGCAGAGCCCGCCGUCCCUGCCCUCCUCCCCGCGCUCCACCGCGUCCUCCUCUUCCUCUUCGACGUCAUCCAGCCGCCGCUCCCACCGCUCCCUGAGCCAGGCCGUUCCGUACCGGUCGCCGCCCGCGAGCCCAAACCUCAUGGCGUCGCCGCCGCCCGUCCCUCCCAUCCCCGCCUUCGCGCUCGACGAGCGGCUGCCGCCCAAGCAGGCGGCGAAGGCCAAGCUGCACAAGCGCGCGCAGGCCCAGGCCCAGCCCCUCCCCGAGCCGGAGAGCAUCGCGCACCUGCUUGGCCGGCCCAUCGUCAGCCGGAAAACCUCGUUCCGCGACGUGCGUCAGGCAGGCCUUACGUGCGCCUCCUUUUUCCACCUGCGGAACGGGACGCGCCACACACCCACUGCUACGGCUGUGUGAGCGCUCGACCCUGCCCUGCCCAUCCCAGCCUAUGGACUCUGUACCCCUCCCCAACCGCGCUAGCCGCCUCGCCACGAUCGUUCACGCCCUCGCUUAUAAUAUGUAUAUCCCUUAAUCCCUGGACUCGGGUCUCAAAACCAUACGCCCAUCCUUAAUAUGCCGACUGCUCCUAAUACCUUAUUGUCCCCAGUCCC